GCGACAGGGCGGGAGGAGAGCACCCCACCCGCCGGGAAACCCCAGCGCCGAGGCCGCGGGGCUGACGGGGAUGGCAAAGGGAGGCAAUAACCUGAAAACACUCCAAGCGAAGGCGCGAGGGAGAGGCAGACCUACAGACAGACCACAGGCCGGGCAAGUCGCAACCCCACACUUCCCGAGGUGCCUGGGCCCCGCUCCCACGCCGGGCUCCCUCCUGACACUGUGCAGUCGGCAUUUUCACCUGACUUCUCUUUGCAGAGGAAAAAAUCCUGAGGCUCAGAAAGGUUGACUUCUCAAGCAGUUAGCAGACAGUGAUGUUCCCAAACCCCUCUUUUCCGGAUGGAGGAUGAAGGGAAAUCCUUCCAGAGGCGAUGGGGUGCACAGGCUGUCCCGACCCCAGUCCCUCCACUCGGCUGCCCCUCUCCCCGCCCCUUCCUUCCUGUCCCACUGGGUAUUUAACCUCUACCCGUGGGGCUCUACCUCCGAAACCUUGGUAGCCAGAGAUGGGGACAGAGCCCGCGGAGCAGGUGGGAGUGGGGGAGGGCAGGGUGGGGACCCAGGCAGCAGGCCUCUGCCAGCCCCUGACCUGUGCGGGCUCCCCCUGAGCUGAGCCGCAGCCCUGGAGCCCCUUGGCAUGAGAGGCUGCUUGGGCCUGUGCUGGCGGGAGAGGUGGGGAGGGGUGGAGCUGGGCAGGGAAGGGAGACAAACCCACCCCUCAGGCAGGUUGGAGCCAGGGUCCUGGGUCCAGCCAAGCCUGCACCUGGCCGUCUGCCCAAGAGAGGGCGCUGCAAGGUGAAGAAGGAGCUAAAAUUUAUUACUACUAAAAUUCUUGGUUUAUUGGCAGCUAGGUGGUUCAAAUCACUGGCACCCAUGUUUCAAACAUUUCUCGCUGCAAGCCUUGCCACCAGGCCCGGACAGGACUUCGAGGUCCUUAUGAGGUUCCGGAAGUCCAGAAAGAGCAGUGGCUUGCUCAAGGUCACCCAGGAAGCUGGCAGUGGAGGCAGCAGGGGGCAAGGGAGGUGUGCUAGGAGUCGGGAGGGUCUCUCCCUGUGUGCUGUUGGCCUGGGUUGUAGGGUUCCCCAUGGUAGGGAGGCAUGGCUGGGGCAGGCGCAAGAGCAUCUCAACCGUGUCCACUUUGCUCUGUCCCUUCUCCAGGUGCCCUGGGGCUCCUACUCCGGGGACGAGGAGGACACGUACUCGGCCGAGCCACUGCCUGAGAUCUGCUCCAAAGCCGACGUCCAGGCCUUCAGCCGCGCCUUCCAGCCCAGCGUGUUGCUGAUGGUGGCCUUCCUGGGCCUGGCAGGCAACAGCUUGGUCCUGGCCACGCAUCUGGCAGCCCGGCACACGGUGCGCUCUCCCACCGCGGCCCACCUGCUGCAGUUGGCCCUGGCCGACCUCCUGCUGGCCCUGACCCUGCCCUUCGCCGCAGCGGGGGUGCUGCAGGGCUGGAGCCUGGGCAGUGCCACCUGCCGUGCCAUCUCGGGCCUCCACGCGGCCUCCUCCCACGCUGGCUUCCUGUUCCUGGCCUGCAUCAGCGCCGACCGCUACGUGGCCAUCGCGCGUGCGCUCCCCGCGGGCCCUCGGCGCUCCGUGUCCCGCCGCGCGCACUGGGCCUCAGCCGCCGUGUGGCUGCUGGCGCUGCUCCUGGCGCUGCCCGCGCUCCUCUUCAGUCAGGACGGGCUGCGCGAGGGCCGGCGGCGCUGUCGCCUUGUCCUCCCCGAGGGCCUGGCGCGGACGGUGAAGGGAACGAGCGCCGUGGCGCAGGUGGCCCUGGGCUUCGCGCUGCCCCUGGGCGUCAUGGCCGCCUGCUAUGCGCUCCUGGGCCGUACGCUGCUGGCCGCCAGGGGGCCCGAGCGCCGGCGUGCGCUGCGAGUCGUGGUGGCCCUCGUAGCGGCCUUCGUGGUGCUGCAGCUGCCCUACAGCCUCGCUCUGCUGCUGGACACUGCCGACCUCCUGGCCGCCCGAGAACGCAGCUGCCCGGCCAGCAAGAGCAAGGACCUGGCGAUGCUGGUGACCGGCGGCCUGGCCCUGGCGCGCUGCGGCCUUAACCCCGUGCUCUACGCCUUCCUGGGUCUGCGCUUCCGCCAGGACCUGCGGGCGCUGCUGCGGAGCGCGGGCUGCGGUACCAGGGCCCACCCCCGCGGGCGCUGUCCCCGUCGGCCGCGCCUGUCCACCUGCUCAGCGGCCACUGACACCCAUAGUGUGUCCUGGGACAGCUAGGGCUGCAGGGGGGUGUGGCUUGCAAGUGAUUUGCAGUGGAGCAGACAUUGGGGCUGCACCCCCACGGCCCUGGGGUGGGUGGACGGAGCUGCUGAGUUUGCUAAAGCCCUGGCAGACACCCCCUGAACUCUGACAGCAGGCGCACCCGCAGAGGUGAGGCUGAGGCGGGAAAGCUGCCAGGCCGGGAGGGGCGGGGGCUCCACCCGAAGCAGCAGAGUCAGAAGAGCUCUCUAACAAGCUGGCUGUCCUGGAGGCCUGGCCCGCUGGCACGCGCGCCGCCCCGGGAACUUUGCAGGCGGGACGGUGAGGGGCGGGAGAUUUCCUAUGGGGGCAGAGGAUUCGAUCACUGCUGGAGGAGCCCUGCUCAAGUUCUGCGAUGGAACAAAACGAGUCAUUUAAAAAGUUGAGCUGGAGUCUUGCAACUGGAAGGAAAGCAGAGCGGGAAUUGCAGUUUGCAAAUGUCCAAAGAGGGUC